AUGGGAGAGGAAGCAGCAGCUGCUGGUGCAGCCGUCGAAAAAGUGGUGCACACUUAUCCGCUUAUUAGGCACACAGAUAUGUCUGAGGAAAUGAGGGUGGAGGCCAUCGAGUUGUCUGUGACGGCGUGCGAGAAGUUCUCACAGAACAACGAACUAGCCGCUCGAAUGGUCAAAGAAUCCAUGGACAAGAAGUUCGGCCCGGCCUUCCACGUGGUCGUGGGAGAGAGUUACGGCUUCGAAAUAACAUACGAGUGUACAACAAUAUGUUAUAUGUAUUUUGGCGGGAAUCAAGCUAUCUGUAUUUGGAAAUGCUCCUGA